AUGCUUCGCGUCACGAGCAGCGCAAGCUCUUUGCGAAUCCUCGGGGCCUGCCGCAGUCUGGAUCGAACAUCAAGCGUUAACGGCCUGAAACCCGCUGUGCUGCAGACAAUGCGCUGCAACUGCCGAGGGCUUCUUUGUCUUGGCCUCCUGGCCUGCCUGAUCCUGCGAUGGCAGCCAAGCUUCAGCAGCGGGGCUUCUGCAAAGAGCCCUGACCUCCAACAGGUCCACCGAAACUUGGAAGCCCUGGCGAAGACGCUGGGCACUCCUCGUCGCCAGGCGCGCGUUCGUGUGAGCCUUUUGCUCCCUUCUCACACAGCUUCUUGUGGUGCCAGGUGA